CAUUAAGAAAAACUUUUGUCAUAGAUGACACUCACUUUGCUUAGUGAGACAUUGAGUUUGUUACCUCACACCAACCCCCUCAUUCUCUUUCGCAAAAACCUUCUUUCUUCACUCUUGUCAUUUCUCAACACUGACUCUUACAGAUCCAACAAUAUUGAAUAAUUGGCAAAAACAUAUAACAGCAUGGAAGGUUUGGUGAGUUAUGGAAUCAAUCCAAUUCGUGUAACUGCCAUUACAAAGCAACGAUCUCGUUUUCUACUUCAAUCACAACCAAAUCUAACAAAGGGUGUUAGUGGAUUUCAAAUUGAGGUGGUGAAUAAGAAUAAGAAGAAGCAGUUUUCGCCUUUGAUUAUGGCUGCUGCUGUUGGAAACUCCCAAGUUGGUCAUUUUGAGAACACUCUUCCUUCCAAAGAAAUUCUGGAGCUGUGGAAGAAUGGUGAUGCAGUGUGUUUUGAUGUGGACAGCACUGUGUGCCUGGAUGAAGGAAUUGACGAGCUCGCUGAAUUCUGCGGGGCUGGAAAGGCUGUUGCAGAAUGGACAGCUAGAGCAAUGGGUGGUACUGUUCCUUUCGAAGAAGCCUUGGCUGCUAGAUUAUCUUUGUUCAAUCCCUCUUUGUCUCAAGUUCAGAAUUUUCUUGAGCAAAGGCCGCCGAGGCUUUCCCCUGGCAUUGAAGAGUUGAUUCAGAAACUAAAAGCUAAUCGCAAGCAUGUUUAUCUGAUCUCAGGUGGCUUUCGUCAAAUGAUCAAUCCUGUUGCAUCAAUACUCGGGAUUCCAAAAGAGAACAUUUUUGCCAAUCAACUACUAUUCGGAAGCUCCGGACAGUUUCUGGGAUUCGAUGAAAAUGAGCAUACAUCAAGGAGUGGAGGAAAAGCCAUUGCAGUUCAACAAAUCAGGAAGGAUCAUGGGUACAAAGCAUUGACUAUGAUCGGGGAUGGUGCAACUGAUUUUGAGGCUCGUAGACCAGGUGGUGCCGACUUGUUCGUCUGCUACGCCGGUGUUCAACUUCGACAAGCCGUUGCUGCAAAAGCUGAUUGGCUAGUUUUCAAUUUUCAAGACCUUAUAAAUUCAUUAGGGUAACAUUUUCUCCUUUCUUUGUUUCUUUUCGAGCGGCGAUAGGAUUCGUAUUUUUUGAAGUUACUGUUCUAUAAUAUCAAGAGAAUGGGCGAAAAAUGGCCGGAAAAUACAUGAUAUUCCGUCAAAGUGCCAUUAGAAAAAGAGUUUUCUAAAUCGAGAUAGACGCGAUUGAUGGUUUUUCUUCUUCUUGUAGUUCAGAUUUAUUCUUCUUCCAUUGUUUUUCUUUUUUCUUUGGAGUGUUAUUUUAUUCAUGCAGAUGCAUUUGCACUGCAUUUGUUGUUUCAAUGUACUUCAAUGAUCCAUUAUUACCUAAGUUCUUAAGUUGAUUUGAUGGAAUAAAAAUUGUAGUAAAGACAUGUUACUUCAUGAA